AUGACAAUAAAAGCCUCAAGACAGAGUAGGAAAGGGACAGUGGUGCAGCAGGACUACCACAGAAGGAGCCCCUGUGGUCUGCGGCAUGUUCAAUCUGCAUUUAGACCCGUGGUGGGCCAGCGAGGCCUGAUUCCCUUUGUUCCGAGGGCUGGGCCUUUGGAGAGAAAUCUUCGUGACCAGAGCGCCAGAGAUGAAGAAAUUAACCGCUGCUCCCAAACCCUCUGUGUGAGCUUGUCGACCCUGCAAAAUGCCAUCACCACCAGCUCCUGCAGCCCUGCUGGUGGUUUACCACAACCGCACAGGAAUCUUCCGGCCAAAACCCACAUCCAGCUGCCCCGCUGCUCCUCCAAAGAACUGAAGGAGAAUGGCUUCCAGUCUCUGUGUUUAAUCCCACACGUUUCCAAGAAGAUUGAGUAUGAGAAAGUGGCAGACACAACACCAAGGCAGGUAAAAUUCUUGAGGAACUGCCUACACACAACUCGCAGAGGUAGGUCAGGAAAACGCAAGAAUCCCCUGCUGCCACACAGGCGUGAAUGUCUGAUUUUGCCACCACCUCUGAAACUGGGUUAUCGAGUCACGGCUGAACACCUAGAUCAAGAGAAAGAGACUGUGUUCCGUCGCAUCAACUGUGCAUUGCGGGGUAAGUUUCUGAUCUCCCAGAACAGCAAUGCUGUACAACCUUUCUGUUCUCCUUCCCUGCCUGCCUCAGGAACUGCUCCUCCACCUACUGUCCCCACAGUGCCCAGCAAAAUGGCAGGGAAAAGGAAGUGCAUAGUGGAGCAGGACACCCUGGGCCCUGGGGCCCUCCAGGCAUCUGCUGCUGUGACCACUUCCAUGCAUCCUGGGUCUGGAAGGAAGAGCACCUCCGCUACCUGCCCCUCCUCCUCAGAAGCCCUUCCAGGCUCCUCCUCACACUCCAUGGCCACAGCCUCAGGCUCCUCAUUGACAGCUGUUCCAUCUCUGGCUGCCUGUAAGGAUGACCUCAGGAGUGCAACUCCUGUCAUGCCUGGUCCUUCAGCUGGGGAGGCCAUUCCCCACAGGAAGGGAAAGCGAAAAUCCAACUGGGAGCCCCCUCUGUAUGGGGAGAACCCAGGCCCUUUGAGUCCCAGGACCUCUGAAAGAGCAACAGCAAUCUUCCAAACACUGCCCCUGCCCAGGGUGACAGCCGCUCAGCCAGCACAUCUGCAGCCUUGGCCACCCUGUCAGUGA